AUGUUUAUAAAUAAAAUUCCAUUUUUAAAGAGAGAAAAGAAAGAUAAAACAACAGGAACAAACAGCAAUAAUAAUAACAAUAAUAAUAAUUUUAAUAAUGUAAAUAAUGGACUUCCAUCCAUUGAAAGGUUUAAAGACCUUCUAUCAAAAUUGGAGUUUGAAUAUAAAUUACUUUGGAAUGAAAAUCAAGAAUUAAAACAAAAAGUUGAAUCAUUAUCAAACAAUAAUGAAAUUUUAAAUAAUAAUAAUAAUAACAAUAGUGGUAAUAGCACAAACAAUAUAUUAGACAUAAACGAAAGUCAUAUAACAAAUAAAAUUUUAACCGAACCUUUGACAACAAUACCUCAACUACAAACACAACAAAAUCAAUUACAAAUACCGACUAUACCAACAAACCAAUCAUUAAUUAUAAAGGAAUCGAAUAAUAAUAAUAAUAAUAUUAAUAAUAAUAAUAAUAAUAAUAAUAAUAAUAAUAAUAAUACUUUAAAUAAUAGUAAUGGUUUAAAUUAUAGUGGUAAUGGAUUAAUAAAUGCAACUGGUAAGAAUAAAUUACCAAAAUUAAAGAAAUCAAAAUCGCAAUCAUCCUCUAAAAAUCAAAAUUUAUUAUCGCAACAACAUAUUAUACACAGUAAUAAUGGUAGUAGUGGUGGAGGAGGAGGAAGUAGUAAAAAUAAUAAUAGUGGUAAUAUUAAUAAUAAUAAUAAUAAUAAUGGAUCAAAGAGAGAUGGAUCACAUAAAUGGAUUAGAGCUAAAGAAUAUUUAGGACAUAGAGAUGGUAUUUGGGAGAUAACAUGUUGUCCAUGGGAUUUAUUAUAUUUCGGUACGGCAUCAACUGAUAAAACCGCUAGAAUUUUGACAGUGGAUGGUUCAAAAUUACCAAUCGUUUAUACUGCACAUACUGGUACAAUCAAUUCUAUUAGAUUUCAUCCAAUGGAAAGAUUCUUUUGUACCGCUUCAGGUGAUAAAACAAUUCAUAUCAUUAAAUUACCAGCUGAAAGAAGUUCAACAAAUGGUGUUUUAAAAUCACCAACACCAUUCACUUCAAAUUAUCAGUCACAAUCAAUGGGGAAUAAUAAAGAUAAUAAAGAUAUCAAUUAUAUUCAAAUACAAUCAUCACCAGCUCAAAUAAAUCACAUUAUGUCAUCUGGUUCACCUGUUAUGGGUAGAUCUUCAAAUGUUGCUGUAAAUCCUUUGAUUGGUGGUAAUAACAAUAAUAAUAUUAUUAAUAAUAAUAAUUUAAUUACAGGUUCUAGUUCCGCAAAUCCUUUUAAAAAUAAACUAUGGACUCCUUUAUUAGAUAGAAAUGCAUCAUUUCAACCACUUCAACAACAACAACAAGCGCAAGAAAUUUCACAGCAUCAAGAAAGUAUUAAUAAUGAUUUAAAUGAAGAUUUAAAUUCAGAUUCAGAUUUAGAUUCUGGACCAUUAUCACCACCAAUAGUACAAACAUAUAAACCCCCUCAAUCACCAAGGGAAUUUAAAAUUUUAAAUGAUGAACCAAAGAAAAUUACAAAUAUUUUACCCCCACCAACACCACAAUUACAGCAACAACAACAACAACAACAACAACAACAACAACAACAACAACAACAACAACAACAACAACAACAACAACAACCAUCAAUAACUCAACAACAGCAACAACUACUACAACAACAGCAACAACAAAUACAACUACAACUACAACAACAACAACAACAACAAUUACUUCAACAACAGCAACAACAAGAAUUAUUACAAACAAAUACAUAUAUUAGAUCACCAAUGUUAGAAUUAAAAGGUCAUUCUGGACCAGUUAUUGGUGCAACAUGGAUAUCAAGUAGUACGGUUGUGUCAGCAAGUUGGGAUAAUACAAUAAGAUGGUGGAAUACAGAAAAUGGUAAAUUAAUUUCAAGUGGUAAUGUUUGUGUUGAUAAAGUUCAUAGAGUUACAAACAUUACAUCAAAUCCAAACUGUAAUACACAUUCAAUCACUAGUAGUACUGAUGGUAUCAUAAGAAUAUGGGAUUAUCGUUCAUCAUCCUCUGGUUGUAUUGAUUCAAUUCAAGGCCAUCAAGAACCUGUAAAUAGUGCAGUAUUCACAUCGGAUGGCAAUAAUGUAGUCACUGGUGGAGAAGAUCGUACUGUAAAAGUUUGGGAUAUUAGACAAACCAAAGCCUAUAAAACCUCAAUUCGUUGUCCAUUUGGAAUCAAUAGGUUAUCAGUUUCUCCAAAUACAAAUUCAAUUGCAAUACCUCAAGACGAUGGAAGAAUUUCGGUUUAUGAUAUUUAUGGUAAUAGAAAAGGAAAAAUGAGAGAUCAAUACAAAUAUGGUCAUAAACAAAUGGCAACUUCAACUUCUUGGAGUUUUGAUGAUUCUGUAAUUUUCUCUGCUGGUUUUGACAGAAAAGCAAUUUGUUGGGCUAGUAAUUCUUCAGUUAAUUAA